AUGAGCAGCAUCGACUCCCUCCUCAACCCCGACGCUGGCCUCCGCCGCCCGUCUGUCACCAGCCCGACCGCGACACCUGCCGACGACGCUGCCGAUGCCCUGACAACACUGGCAACUUUGGGCAGCGGGCAGCAGUUCGUGCCCGCCCCGACGCGCGAGCUGCCCUCGCCAACUGCCUCAUCCCACGCGCCGCGACGCACCAGCAGCUUCGGUUCCCACCACGCGCCUGUAGAGCCCUCGCCACCCCUCGAACUGCCCCAGGCUCGCUCGCCGACCCUGGACCACUAUCACCAUGGGUCAAAUUCGCCAGAAGAGCAAAAGCGACGGCAAUCGCUGCUGUCGAGAACAUCGCCCGCCCCAGUGCUCGCGCCUAUACAAAAUUUGUCCACAGCCCUGCAAGAACAGACCCAAGACGAGAAGGCGUCAACACCUAUCGGCGAAGAUGUGUCGCAAAUUGUACAACCGGAUCAUGGCGGUGAAAGAGACAGCACCCACCACCGCGAGCCUGCAUUCGUGCGCGACGAACCAACAACUUCACAGAUCCGCGAGCCUGAAGCGGCCAAUAGCACACUACAGCCGGGUUCAAGUUCGCACAACGGCGACAAGCUGCCUUCACCGCAGCCUUUCAUCAAGGACGAACCCUCUGGCACACCACGCGAACACACACCUGCAGUCACUGCUUCUCAAUCCGAGCGACAAGGUUCUGUUACUGGCGAGAACAUGGAUGCCGAUGCGCUCAAGGCACUUGAGAUUGCCAAGCAGAGCGACCUUGGACUACGGAGACGGAACCAGAGCGUUGCAGAGCGGUCAGAACGCGUACAAUCACCCGUGGACUCGAAACCAGCACCUGCCCCGACCAAAAAACGACCAGCGCCAGCAUCAGCCCCUGCUAUUAAAAAGAAGGGUACAGCAAAGACGUCAAAGCCCAGCAAGAAGCGUAAGGUGGAGACGGAAGAUGGCGCAGCACGGUCAGUCACGCCUACCUCGAGGAUACCAAAGUCGGCCAGCAGGGCUAUGAAGAGGGGCUCGCAUGCCGGCACACCCGCUCCUGGAUCCUCACCCGCACCAGACCGAUCCGACGAUGAAGGCGAUUCAUCUGAAGACCACAACCUGUACUGCAUCUGUAAAAAACCGGACAAUCACAAGUGGAUGAUUGGGUGCGAUGGCGGUUGCGACGACUGGUUCCAUGGCGACUGCGUAAACAUGAAACAAGCGGAUGAGCAACUAGUCGACAAGUUUAUAUGUCCUCAGUGCGAGGAGAAUGGCAGGGGCAACACAACAUGGAAGCCAAUGUGCAGGCGGGAAGGCUGUCGAAAGCCUGCCAGGGUAGGGAAGGACCGAGAAAGCAAGUACUGCUCUGACGAUUGCGGAGUCCUCUUUAUGCAAGAACAGCUUCAACGAACAGCAGGAGCAAAGGGCGCCAAUGGAACAAAGGAAAAAUCUAAGAAGAAAAAGAGAGUCGAGGAAGAAGAAGAACCAACCCCUCUUGGUGGCACCCUCCGAGCCAAAGACCUCAAAGCCCUUGUCGACGCCUCGCCAAACAUCCAAGCCUUCAAGAACCUAGGCACCGGCGUUCUCACACCUCCACAAACCGCUUCGCCAUCCCGCGCAACCUUCCCCGCCAACGGCGAAGACCUUUCCCUUACCGCUGGCGAGAUCGAACGUUUGACCGCCCUUCAUAAAGAGAAGACGCAACUCAAAGAUCGGCUAGAGGUACUCAAAGACCGCGAGAAGUUUGUCAGCAUGGCCAAGGAACAAGCUGUUCGCCUCGCCGACCGCGAGAAGAUCAAGAUGAAGGAUUUCUGUGGUUACGACAGCAGAUUAUCAUGGUCUGAUGCUGAGUUUCUACUUUGGCGGAAUAGCAAACACGGCCGCGCUGCCUUCCACCACUCCACCCUGAAUCCCACCCCAGAACAGAUUUCUUCGACGCCGACGCCUGCGGACGGCGCGGAUGCAAUGGACAUUGAUGGUGGCGUAGAUGGAGAGGAGAAAGAUACAGCCUGUGUGAAGAAGCGCUGCCAGAAGCAUCCUCAGUGGCAGAAGCUUAACCUGCAAGAUGCCAGAUUUGAGGAAUUGGAGGUUGUUGAGGCGAUCAAGGAGUGUGAGAAGGAUGAGCGAUCCGUACGGGAUCGUGCGAGAAGAAGAGGCGCAAAGGAUGGUUUGGCGAAAGAACUCACUGGUGGCGAGGACGGGACCAAGGUGGAGAGGAAUAGGGAUGGAUGGGUUGAGGUUGUUGGUUCGUGA